GAUAAGCCACAGAGCCGGUCAGUUGAUCGGAGAACAUCAUGCUCGUCAGACACUUGAGUGCCAUUCUCGUCUUGAUUCUGGCGGUUAGUGCUGGGAAGCCGCGACGUCGUCCGGCGGAUCCGGAGUGCCCCACCAUUAAGCUGAAGCGUCAGUGGGGCGGGAAGCCCUCCCUGGGCCUCCACUACCAGGUGAGACCCAUCCGGUAUGUGGUCAUCCAUCACACCGUCACCUCCGAGUGCAGUGGACUGCUCCAGUGCGCGGAGAUACUCCAGAACAUGCAGGGCUAUCAUCAGAAUGAGCUCAACUACAAUGACAUUAGUUACAACUUUUUAAUUGGAAGCGAUGGGAUUGUCUAUGAAGGAACUGGUUGGGGUCUCAGAGGAGCCCAUACCUACGGCUACAAUGCCAAUGGCACUGGAAUAGCCUUCAUUGGCAACUUUGUGGAUAAACUUCCAACGGCAGCUGCUCUAAAAGCUUGCAAGAACCUCCUAAGUUGUGGCGUGAAACAGGGAGAGUUGGCCGAGGAUUACGCCCUCUUGGCAGGCUCCCAGGUGAUCAGCACUCAGAGUCCUGGACUAACGCUCUACAAUGAGAUCCAAGAAUGGCCACACUGGCUAUCCAAUCCCUAAAAUAAAAAUAUAAUUAAAUUAAAAGGAAAACAAUAAAUAAAUUAAACGAUAAGAGAUACUUUCUCAUAAGUUCCAUA